GAAGCAGAGUAAACUCCUCACACACACCGGUCUCAGAUACAAAACGGAGAAAGGAAAGGCCUUCGAUAUGAAAGUUACACGCUUCAUGUUUUGGCUCUUCUCUAUGCUACUACUAUCUGUCAAAAGCCAGGCUUCUGAAACAGAAGUCAAAUAUAAUUUCACCAGAAGGAAUUAUGUUUUGAUUCCAGAGGGUAUCAGUAACAAUGUUACCAUUCUUGAUCUCAGUUAUAACCAAAUUACUCUGAAUGCUUCAGAUACCAGGUUGCUACAGAUGUAUUCUUUACUCACUGAGCUCUACUUGAUGGAGAAUAACAUCACUGCCUUAUGUAACAGCAGUUUCAGUAAUCUCUUCAACCUAGAAAUUUUAAAUAUCUGUGGAAAUUCAAUCAGUGUAAUUCAACAGGGUUCAUUUGUUGGCUUAAAUAAACUAAAACAAUUAUUUCUUUGCCAAAAUAAAAUAUUACAACUGAAUCCUGAUACAUUUGUGCCUCUAAACAACCUGAAAGUUCUGAAUCUGCAAGACAAUUUGAUAAGCCUCUUUGAUGCACCACAGCUAUUGUAUCUGGAGUUACUAACUCUGGAUGGAAAUCCAUGGAACUGUACCUGUGGUCUACUUGAGUUGCAGAACUGGCUGAACACGUCUAAUGUGACAUUAGAAAACGAGAGCAUCACCACGUGUAGCUACCCAGAUGAGCUAAAGCACUACAGCAUCAAGUCAGCGCCCUUCACAACUGAAUGCCACUCUAAAUUUAUUUCCACUAUAAGUGAAGACUUUCAGUCCAUUGGGAAUUCAUCUUUUAAUAACUCUUCACACAACUUAACAUGGAAUACAGAGCAUGGGCCUCUUGGGAAGAGCUGGGCUUUCCUGGUUGGUGUUGUUGCCACUGUACUGCUAACUUCACUGCUCAUCUUCAUUGCUAUCAAGUGCCCAGUAUGGUACAAUAUUCUGCUUAGUUACAAUCAUCAUCGCCUAGAAGAGCACGAAGCGGAAACCUAUGAAAAUGGUCUUACAAGGAACACAAGUUCUCUUUCACAAGUAACAGAUACAAACUCCGAAGACACCACAGUGAUAUUUGAACAGUUGCAUGCGUUUGUGGUAGAUGAUGAUGGAUUUAUUGAAGACAGAUACAUAGAUGUCAAUGAGGUACAUGAAGAAAAGUAAUUUUAUCAUGCUGAAAUUUUGAAAAAUACUUUCAGUGUAUUUACAGCUUAGACAAAGAGAUUUUUAUUUGGCAAACAAAACUAUAACCAGCAGGCCUUCAUAUUAAUUAGUACCUUAUGUUAAUAUCACAGUUAUAAUUUUUUACUAUAUUGCAAAUAAAGUCCAAAUGCAAUAAUUCAUACACUGAUUAGCUAAAAGUUUAAUAAUUUAUCUAUACUACCAGCAUUUAUUAGUGUCAACAGUGUUCAAGAAACUACAGACUGCUAAAAACAAGGCCUAAGCAUAACUAUUUAUCAACUAAAAUGAGCAGAUUCUGGUAUUAACAAAUACAUAUGCUGCAAUGUCUUAAAUUAUACUAAAAUUGUAAUCAAUAAGGAAAUACAAAUUUUAGACUUAUAUCAUUAAAGUGAGGAAUAGGAAGCUUUAACUAUAUAAAUUGAUCUUAUGUUCACAAAUGAAUUCACAGAAUUACAGAAUAUUUUCUAAUGCUGCCUGAACUUAAAAUAACAAAAUUUCCUCAAAAAUUUGUAGCAAUUUAAAGUACAGGUACAAUGAUUUGGAGUAAUUCCCUAUGAAUCACUACUGUAUUUGACAGUGUUAGGAAGAGGUCCACAGACAACAGCCAUGUUUAAUAUUACAAUGGCUCCUAAACUGGGCAUCAUAACUAAUUAUGAAUUUUCUUUAAAAGAAAAAACUUUUCUCUAUCUCUUUUGGGAGAUUCUUUUUAAAAUCAUUCUGAGCUAGAACUGAGAUUAUAUAAGUAAUCCACACACAUCUACCUCUGUUUCAAUAAACAAAGCAAUCCUUCCCAAAUUGUUUUCUAGAACACUGAUUUUCUCUGCUUUCUAGUGACACUGACAAUCAUUUAUAAAGAAAAAGGUACCUGGUCAAAUUACUGAAGGAAUCUAAAUCUAAACAAGGUGAAAGAUUUUUUUUUCCUUUAGUACUUACAGAUUUUACUAAGCGCAGGUGUUCUCUGAUAACUCAAGAGUAAAGUACUGACUUUUUGAAGGGCAUCUGCAUAGCAUGUUUAAGUCCCUGAGUUCUCUCUUUCUCUCUCUCUCUCUCUCUUUCUCUUUCUCUCUCUCUCUGUUUAUGAAGUUUAUUUGAUAAGCAAACCCUUUCUUGGAAGAAUAGAUAAUAACUCAGAGUGUACUGACAGAUCAAAAGACACAUUCUGGAAAAAAUAGCCCUAACAUAGGGGGGGUCUAUCUAAAGUAAAAUGUUUACCAAUUCUCUUAUAAUAAUUUAGCUGUAAAUAUGAUUUUAACAACUUAACAGUUUAAAGAGUGGAAUUAAAACCAGCAAAAUCUGUAUUUUACCAUUGUAUAUGUGGAAAAACUAAGUGUAUUUACUUGCAUCUGUAAAACACUGAACUGUACUUAUGGAUGAAUUAGUAUAACACAUUUUCUGUGAUUUUCUUUGUCUGCAUACAUGGAAAGGGAAAGAGUUGAAGGUAGAAUACAGCUAGAAAUGUGAUGGCAGAACUUGGAACAUGAUAUACUAGUAUACAAUGUUGUGUCGUUCCAAUUUCUCUUUAAUAAAGAUAUUUAAAAGAA